GCAGUAUGUGCACUCGGCGGGCUCCCGGAUCACAUGAACGAAAAACGCGAGGCCGGCAGCGGCACGGAAAGCGACGCCUCUCCAGAUCUCCAGAACCAGGAGAACGAGCCCAGCCAGGAGGACACGGAAGACGUGGAUUCGACGCUGCAGGACCUGAAGCCCCAGAAGGCCGCCUCCUCCUCCUCCUCGGGCAGCCAUCACGGGAGCCACAAGAAGAGGAAGAACAAAAACAGACACAGUCCUUCUGCCAUGUUUGAUUAUGACUUUGAAUUUGACAUGAAGGUCAACAAGAAACCGAGAGCUGAUUAUUCAACUUAACAGACUGGAAGACCCGAACACACACGAGGAUACACAUAGAGAAACACAAGAUUUCUGGACUUUGUGAACUUUUUAUGCCUUUUUUGUUUUUUUUUUAGUCUUCAUAUUUCAGCCUGUACUGUGUGUAUUGCUUGAAACAUUCCCACGCCACCUACCUUUGGUCAGGGUUAAGACUUAACCUACCAAUACAGUAGAAAUAUGGUGUUGCAUGUUACUCUCGGCCCUCAAGAGGCCCCACCUCCAGUAACACACCAUCUUGUAUAGUGUUAAAAAAAAAAAAGAUUGUAUUUAUUAUGUAGUUAAUUUCCUUGUUUCCCAUUGUAAGACAUUUGUUUGCUUUUUGUUAAGCGUCACAUAUUCAUAUAAACUCCUGAAUACCCGAAUUCUUUUAUUACAUGGUUUGUUUUUCAAAAAAAAUUAAAAAAAUACCAGUAAAGUGAA